CAUACUGCAAUAAAAAGGCUGACUCCCUUGCAGGAAUCAAGAUGCAUAGUAUACAAAGUACAGCAGAUGGCGCCAGACACCUUUCAGACUAGCACAUUCCUUCCAAGCCAGUCGUAUGGAAGAGGAAAGGAGGGGCUGGGAAUUGUUUCCUGAGUUGAGGGCUGAGAGCUGGAAUCAGCUUCCGGCUGCUGGGGCUGGAGCUUCUGGUCUGGGGGAGAGAGCGAGAGAGCACGAAAGCCAGUACUGGAUGCAGCACUGACAGUUCUACACACACACAUUCAAGCAGCGCAUUAGCCGAGCUAAAUCUCCAUUUGAAUACAGACGGCAAAAUAGCUGCACAAAGGUACAGGAUUUCAUCUGUUUGGAAAAGCACCUUGUCUGCUCCCUUGAGCCAGUUGUCAUGUUCUGACCAUCCACAAUGGGUAGAAGAUAUCCUAGUUCAAGCUACCGACCUAGCAGUUCAUUCGAUUCAAGUGUGGAAACACUUCCAGUUUUUAUGGCAAGCCACAGCGCCACGGACAUUGUGAAUCGAAAUGCUCCUGUUAGCCCACCAAAUACCUUGAAAUUGCGCUCUUCCCACAAUGAGCUACUGAAUUCAGACCUAAAGCACGUUGAAACAAAGAGCAUCACUCCACCAAAAUGCAGGAGAAAAUAUGCAUUGACAAAUAUCCAGGCAGCUAUGGGCUUGUCUGACCCUGCAUCUCAGCCUCUCCUGGGAAACAGUUCUCCAAACAUUAAGAUAGUAAAGAAUGGGGAAAAUCAGAUGAGGAAAGCUGUUGAAAAUGGGCUUCAAGACCAAAAUAAAAAUUUGAGUUUAGAAGAUACUGUAAACAGAAUCUCAGAGAAACUAGAAGGGAAAGAAGAGAUCCCAGAUGACUCAGAAAGUGCUGAAAUUCUACCAUUGAUUCCUAAAAGAGCCAAGAGUUUUCUCAAUUACUAUGCAGACUUGGAUACCUCCAUAAAUCUGGAGCAAAGCAACGGGCAUGUUGUAGAGGAGGAGAACUCAACAUGGAUUAAUAUUCAAGAACCGGAAAAUCUUACCAAUGGGGAUCUGCUGCCAUCUAAACAGAACAGUAAAUCUAGUCCUGAGGAUAGUGAAAGCCCUUCUGUAUCAUCUAGCCCAGAGACUAAGAAAGACCACCCAAAAACUGGUGCAAAGACUGACUGUGCCCUACACCGAAUCCAGAACCUGGCUCCAAGUGAUGAAGAUUCAAGCUGGACCACUUUGUCCCAAGACAGCGCAUCCCCCAUAUCUCCAGGUGAGACAGCAGAUAUAUGGAGCGACCACUCAUUUCAGACUGAUCCAGACCUGCCACCUGGAUGGAAGAAAAUCAAUGAUAUCGCUGGCAUCUACUACUGGCAUAUACCAACUGGAGCAACUCAGUGGGAGCGACCUGAGUCAGCACCUACAGAUCUCCCAGUCUCACGCAAAGGAUCACUUAGCUCCAUCACAUCAUCCCCCACACCAGAAAAUGAGAAACAGCCUUGGAGUGAUUUUGCUGUUCUGAAUGGGGGAAAGAUUAAUGUUGACAUUUGGAAGGAUUUGCAUGCAGCCACAGUCAACCCAGAUCCAAGUCUAAAGGAGUUUGAAGGAGCAACAUUACGCUACGCCUCCCUAAAGCUAAGAAAUGGGCCUCAGUCUGAAGAAGAGGAUUCCUCCAGCAUUAACAGUGAUCCUGAAGCCAAGUGCUUUGCAGUGCGCUCUUUGGGCUGGGUAGAAAUGGCAGAAGAAGACUUGGCUCCAGGGAAAAGCAGCGUUGCAGUGAACAAUUGUAUCAGGCAGUUAUCAUACAGCAAGAACGACAUCCGGGACACUGUUGGAAUUUGGGGAGAGGGUAAAGACAUGUACUUGAUCUUGGAGAAUGACAUGCUGAACCUGGUGGAUCCGAUGGACCAUACGCUGCUUCAUUCUCAGCCCAUUGUUAGUAUCAGAGUCUGGGGCGUAGGACGGGACAAUGGACGGGACUUUGCUUAUGUGGCGAGAGACAAGGAUACAAGAAUUUUAAAAUGUCACGUGUUCCGAUGUGACACACCAGCUAAAGCAAUUGCUACAAGUCUUCACGAAAUCUGUUCUAAGAUUAUGGCAGAGAGGAAAAAUGCCAAAGCUACGGCUUGCAGCUCAAUGCAGGAGAGGCCCCAUGCCAGCCUAGAUGUCCCACUGCAAGUAGAAUUUCCAACACCAAAGACAGAACUUGUACAGAAGUUUCAUGUGCAGUAUCUGGGAAUGAUGGAGGUUACUAAACCCAUUGGUAUUGAUAUCCUGAAUGAAGCCAUUGAAAAUCUUUUGAACCCAUCAGACAAGGAAGGCUGGACUCCUGUUAUCAUGAAUGUGGCUGAUGCAACAGUGACAGUGAUAAAAGAGAAGGAUGAAGAGGUCAUAGUGGAAUGCAGAGUUCGCUUCCUGUCCUUUAUGGGCGUUGGAAAGGACAUUCAUACAUUCGCCUUCAUCAUGGAUACUGGGAAUCAGCAUUUCGAGACACACGUGUUUUGGUGCGAGCCCAAUGCAGCAAGUGUCUCUGAAGCCGUCCAGGCUGCAUGCAUGUUGCGGUAUCAGAAGUGCCUGGUCGCCAGGCCUCCCUCUCAGAAGGCACAGCCUCCACCCCCUCCAUCGGACUCUGUGACCCGAAGAGUUACAACUAGUGUAAAACGCGGAGUUUUGUCCCUUAUUGACACUUUGAAACAGAAACGUCCCGUUGCCGACAUGCCAUAAGUGCAAAGCAAAAGGGCUGAAUUGUCAACACUUGAGUAUGACAUCAUCACUGAAGUGAAAGUAGCGCACUCCAGGACAGCGGCGCUGUACAGCCAUCUUUCUGCUGCUUUGUCUUCAGAGAACUUACCCUUACCCGAUGUUCGACGAGCAUGUUCUUGUUCUCCGACACCAUGGCGUACUGCAAAAAGAAGCAUGAAUUCAAAUAUAUAUAUAUAUAUCUACUCAUAACUUUUCCUUUUCCCUGUCAGUGGUUGUCAUUACAUGCAUUGGAUGGUCUGUUUCAGAUUGUAAAUACGAUACGAACAUUUCAUGACCAGAUGAGAUUUUCUGCACUCUCCUAGUAGUGAAUGCCAUGGAGUACUUCAAUGUUAAGGAUUACUCAGCAGCCCCUAGCUCACUGCCUCAUUUCAUCGCUGAAAAUCUAAUAAGCCUCAGCCAUUGCUGUGAUAAUGUCCUCAGUGGAGGGAGCUGUUAGCUGAUGGAAGGUAAAGUUCAUGUAUUGCCAAAGUUGUUCCCUGGGAUUCCUGUAACCAGACCCGAUGGCACUUAAUCUUUUUUGAUUUAUAUGAAAUGCAAGUUUUACUUUAAUAGCAGCUUUCCAUAUGUUGUAGGCAGUGGUAACUAGGGAUGUAGCGAACCGCCGAGUAUGUGUUCGCGAACGCCGUUCGCGAACACCGGCAAAAAAUGCGAACAG